AUGAACAUGGUAAGGAUAAGACACAUAAUGCAAAUGCGACGUGCUUGCAAAGCGCCGCCACUGUUGCCGCCCAAACUGCGCAAGUCGUAGAAAGUCGGAACAAAAAGUUCCAAAUUUAACUUGAUUCAGAGACAACUCUGAAGGCUCCGAUCGUAGAGGCGGCAGGGACAUUAUUGACGUCCAUUUUCGCAUCAGGUGAAAAAUUCUUUCAAAUAUUCAGUUUUUCUUAAUUUGCUUUUCUUUCGAUUUUCUGCAAUAACUCAAUCUUAUCAGGAAUGUUUUUUCGGGAAAUCCGAGCAGUUCUGUGUUUUUUCUCAAUGUCUAUGAAAGCGAGCGCGGCAAUGAAGUCACAUGGAACCUGGUAAGGAGCGAUCUUAAGAUCUAAACUAUGAAAAAAUAUUACAUUUUCAAGUUUUAACUGAAACUUAUUCUGAUACGAGAAUGAAAAGAAAGGAAAACAUUUUCAGUUUCCAGGAUGCAUGACUGCUGAUUUUUCAGUUUUUCCCAACGACAAACGCAAAAUGAAAAUUUAAAAUGUUUCUAAUAUUUUUUUCUUACUGCAUUUCAAAUGACAAAUGCAGCAUUUGUCUCUCGACAUGAAACGCCUGAAGUUGGAAAGACGAUGACUUUUAAAAAGCAUUGUCGUUCCAACACUUUAUCUCGAAAGCUUCCUAUCAUAAAAUUUUCUAGGUCACAUCAACCGAAAAGCUUGACAAGGAACAGGAUUAUGAGCUGGAGAACAUUCUCAGCCUCGAGUAUUACUUUGAGAGAGCUCAACCGCUACGAGUCGAUUUGUUUGAGAGAUGUUCUUUCAGACAGAAACUUCAUUUUCAGAGUUGACGAGAGCGCAACAGGAGUUAUAAUUGGUGGAACGACGUUUCUCAUCUCCCAGGCUCUGCUCUCUGAAUUCUCAACUCAUCUCUUGUAAGUCAUUUUCGGGGUAACAAAUUUAGGGAAAAAGGUUUCCUUUUCCUUUUUGAACUUCUAGAGAAUAAUAAAUGCAUUUGGAUAACUAUGGGAAAGGAAAUUUGCAGAAACGAAAAAGGAGAGGUCGUAGGUCUCUUCGACGUUUGGACGACAGUGAGGGAAAAGCCGCAACCGGUGGUCCUUCAGUUGGAAGCGCGCAAUAUUUCUGGGAGACUUCUCACUUCAACUUCUACUGUGAGUUGGAAUAAUUUUUAAGAAGACAUAUAGUGUUUCUGAUCCAGGUCUACUUGGAAGUUUACCAAGGCGACAGAAAUGAAAAACGACUUCUGCAUCGAAGCGAAGGAGUUAAGACUUCGCGGUUGCUCUGGCGGCCAUUCACCUUACAGUGUGUGGCAUCUAACGAAGACAGGUUUUUUUUCAUCCUGGAACUUCUCAAACUAUUGAAAAUCAAAUAGGGAUCACAACGAGAUUUUUAUUAAACUUUGAAAAAGUUUGAAUUUAAUAUUUCACGGUCCUAAUAUUUAAAAUGUCAUUUAAGAUAUUUUUCGAGAAAAAAAGGUCCUUAUUUCCCAAAUCCACCAGAAAAGGCAGAAAAAGCAAUGAGAAAGCCGUUUUCCCUUCGUUACUGAUAUGCAAAAAGUCCAGGAAAAUAGAAAUCGUGUGUACUCAAGAGGACGAUCGAACUGGAUUAAUUGGAAGCUGUUUCUGUAACAUCGACGACGUCAAGCCUCAGGAUUCGUUGCAGGUGAAUCUCCGCGCAAACCUUCUGGAAACUCAUUACAGCUUUACAACGAAUCGUACAAGCAAGGGAAGAAGUCGUGCGGAGAAUUACGAUUCGUGCGUUGCUCUCAGCUGCGCGUCUUCUCUUUCUCCGACUACAUCAAGUUUGGCGCGACGUUGCGCUUUGGCUUCGCUGUCGACUUUUCGUCAAAAGAAACGGCGUCUCGUCACGAAUACUUACAGUACGCAAACGACGUUGAAUUUGUCGUGCGGGCUCUUAGUGGAGCUGUUGUUCCUUACAAUGGGUAAGGCUUUUUUUAACCUCUGUUUUGAACUCUCUUUGAAAGCUUUUUGGUUAAACUUGAACUAAACUUUUAGUUCAAAUCCGCUGUUGGCGUAUGGAUUCGGUGCCAAAAUCCCGCCGUUUUACCGCGAAUCAAACAACUUUUGCCUGGUUAUUUUUAUUUUUUGCGAUUUUCAUUCAUCUGAGUGGAUCUUGAGAGCUUGGAAGUCGACGCUUCUUGUUCGAAUGCGACACAACUCGUCGGAUUCUUCUCAGACGCUUAUCGGGUCGUCCAGCCCCUGCCCUCGGCUCACUUUUCUCACAUAAUUUACCACACGGCUAGGUACUUUCUUUUUUGGACCUCUAAUUGAGAACGAAGCUCGAAGUGCAAUUUUCCAAUUUUGUUCUAGUCUUUGUUUAGAGGAUAUCAAUGUAGUUAUACUGAAAAGUAAACUUCAAAAAGAGGUCUCCUUUGAAAGAUAAGCCGUCUGGUACAAAAAUUUGAACAUAAGUUCACCCAGAUAAUAACUUACUAAAAAACGUUUUUUUUUAAAUAGAUCAUUUUUCGAGUAAUGAAGCUUUAAAGUUUGCGAAAUACGCAAACUGUGAUCAAAAGUUCAACCGGAUAUAAAAAACGUUUCCUAGUAAGUUGAUUGGUUUAAAAACUUUCCACUAUUAUAUAAAAUGUUUGAGGAACGCGCAAAACUUACCAAGUCAAGGCCUAUCAACAGCUCCCUACCUUGUUAUGUUCGUCAUAACUAGAGGAGCUAUAGACGACCUCAAAGAAACAGUUCAAGCCGCCAUUUUCGCCUCCAAAGCCCCCAUGUCCGUAGUUUUUGUCGGUGAGUCUUCUGACGUUUUCUGCUAGACGUUCCAAGCCAUAAUUCUCAAAUCAAAUCGAAUAAAAUUGUUUCCAGGUGUCGGUUGCGAGGGACUCGACGAUAUAGAACGGAUCGGCAGCGCCGGCAAAAGACUUGAGUACCAGGGAAGAAAAAUUGAGCGCGAGAGCCUCCAUUUCGUUAAUGUCACCAAAACACGGCUGGAGAACGAGGAUCCAGCAGAGGCGGCCAAUGUCUUUGUCGAAAAAGCAUUGUAUCAGGUAGCCUUCCUGUAGUUUCCACGAGGAAGAGAGAGCUCUGCAGAUUCCCAGACAAAUGUGUUCCUUCAUGAUGCAAAGUAAUGUUCUGCCAGUGAAGACAGGCGAAGAUGGACCAGAUGUCAGCUUUUCGAUAGCUUUCUUAAGCUCAAAAAGGAGUUACAGACUUCUCAAAGACCGUCUUCGUCAGCUAGUCGCCACAGUCUCAAAGAUUUCGACACUUUCCGUCGUUUUGACGGCGCUAGCAGAAGGGAAAACAGUUUUUCACAGGAGCUGCUCCCAUCGCCUGAAGAAAGCUUCUCGACAAGUUCGCCAAGGAAUCGGACAGCUCUUCUUGGAUCGAAUUGGAAUCCGGAGUGAGUAGCAUUAUAUUCAAGUUAAUUCUCUAACCUGAUCAAAGACCAAACAUUUUUGUUACAGAUUUUUUGAAUGGUUUGAAAUUUAAUAAAACAUUUUUGAACAGAAUUUUCAAAUUUUUGCACGAACCUCCUCAUUUUGCGCUUUGAGAGAAUCUUUCCUUCAGGGGCUCCAGACGUACUCCAAUGGACUUGAGGUCGCUGUCGAUCAGCGAAACCGGUCCACAGACCCGCAGAUAUUCCUGAAGGACCUGCCAGACGUGUCCCACCGUGCCUUUUCCGAGUGGCGUCAACUCCUGAAAAUGGAAAAUCUUUUUCCUUCUAAUAUUGUUAUCAAUUUUGAAAAAGACUUCUCAAAUGUCAUUAUCUCUAAAAAAACUAGUUGAAUGAAUUAUUUUUUUCUCGAUUGAAUUUUUGAUUGCGCUUUUUGGUCCAAUUGAAGUAUAUUUUGACAACUUCAACAAUCGUGGCUUGUAAAAGUGGUGAGCCUCUUUCUAUAAUAACUUUGAAUUAAAAAAAUUCAAAAUUUUUUUGAGAGUUGAGCUUUUUGAACUGCAUUUCUCUUGAAGCACCAAAAGCCUUUUAGAACCUUCGAUAGCGGUCCUCAGUGAGGCCAUGUACUGCAGAACUGCGGCGACCAGACUUGGUACAGUGCAGUGCGCCGACCACGCUGCCGCAAUGUUUCCAAUCAACUCAAGUCUAGAUCGAUAGUUCCAUUCUGCCCGUUUUUUUUCUCCGGUCCCGAUUACACCAGCAGUUCGCGUCACAUUUGUCUCUGAUUUUCCUUGAUCAUGCUGUUUUCAUUUCGUCCACUGAUACGACAAAACUGUGAAAGAAAACUCCUAAAAUUAUUUGAAAAAUUCCAAGUUUUCCUAUUAUUUUAUCGAGUUCAAGCCUACAAAAAUAAAACAUUGAUAGGUUAUGAACUGGCAGUUAAAAUAAUAACUAAAUUUUAAAAAAGUAUUUGCUCAAAGAUAUUUGAUCAGUCAAAAAUUGGUUUGGGUUUUUAUGCUCAUUCGUGUGUCAAACAGUAUUGUAUUUCAAAUUGCGAAAAAUUCCACAUUUCUCGAAGUUUCCUAUUGAAAAAUCUGGAAUACAACGCAAAUUGGAAAAAAUUGCAAUUUCUUUUGUUGGAACUACUAAGAAAAGUGUGAAGCAAUGUUAUCGAUAUGACUUCAUUUUGAAAAAAAAAAUGAUAAUAAUUUGUUGAAUCUAACUUGUUAACAGGGGAAAAGUAACAGCGCUUAAUCAUGGCUAUAAAAGAAAGUCGUACAAAAGCCUUGAUGUCGGAAAUAUCUUCCAAAAGAGAAGAUGAAAGUUAACUGUUGGUAGUCAUGUGACGCUGGGCCAGUCUUCUUCCAUCGCAGAAUCGGAAAUCAAUUCCAUUGUUCGCCCCGUAAUCGUUGAUCGUCCUUGUUGACUUUUCUCUUUGAUUUCAUGCCUGUGUCAUCGCUAAAUACCCAAAACACACCUUUUUCCAUUCUCCCAACUUCUUUUUGUCCAUUUAGAGAAGCUGAUUCCAGGGAACAAUUUAUAUAACUCGUUUUUUAUUUUUCUUUAUUUUCCAUCUGAAAAGUUUCGUGGAAAAUAAUGAAUUGAGAGGUCGACCUCUUCGCGAUUUCCUGGUCAAAAAAAGAAUUAUCGAUUGCUACAGUCCGCCUAUGGAAACUCGUCAAACGGUUGUCAUAGGUUUCCAAACUUUUAUUUAAGAAAAACUUGAGAUUUUCAGAUUCUGAUAGCGAAAAUGAAGAAAACGGAGCCAGCACAGCAAAUGACAACGAUGUUUGUCGGGUAAGUAACUUAGUUCUUACUUACAAAAAAACGAGUUUUUUUCUCAAAAAGUUUUUGUUUAAAAAAACUGUUCUGAAAAACAUUUUUAAACAGCUCGCCUCUUUUAUCUCUGAACCUCCGUUUCCAAAUUUUGAACGCUGAGUUCACGUGAUAUGAAAUGAUUCGUUUAAUCAGACAGUAAAUCUCCCGAAAUUCGGGACUAACAGACGGCCUCUUCGCCUGACGUUUCCGGCUAACAAACUUUUUUUCAAAGCAAAAAAACUUCCAGGUUUGCGGAGGAGCAAACGCAGCGAUGCACUACGGCGCCCUGAGUUGCGUCGGCUGCAAAGGAUUCUUCAGAAGAGCUCUAAUGAAGGCUGACCAGCUCGAGUGCAACGCCAAAGGCGCCUGUCUUGUCAGCAAAAACCGUAGGUCCACCGAAACCUCAACCAGAUCCUCGAUGUUCAGAAAGAACUCAGUGCCGAAGUUGUCGUUUUAACAAGUGCCUUCGCGAGGGAAUGAAGCCUGCGUGUGAGCUUUCUAGAAAUUAUAAAGUGUGAAUCUGCCCAUAAAAUGCUUGAAUUGGUCACAUAUACUCAAAUCGAGAAUUCAGAUGUCCGCCCAAACAGAGAUUUGCCUCCACGGCCACGAAAGAACGCCUCUCCUGUAGAGGCAUUUACGUGUGAAGUUAAAAAAGACCGGCGAGAUGAGUGGAUCAAAAAAAUGACGGUCGAGAUGCGAACUGUGCUCAUGACUCUUCUUAAUAUCGAAGCAAAAGUGUUCAAGGUAAGCGGCUGAACUUGACCAGCAUUUACGAAGUGAAGGGAGACACGAGUAUGGAUGCGUCGCAAAUCUAUCCUCUCAAAAGCCUGCAAACGCUUAGAGAAAUUGUCGAAAAUCCCUCAACGCUCAGAGGAAAACGAUCUGAAGUUUGUCUUCGAUGAAACUAGAUAAAACACUGAAGUUUUCAGAUGAGGUACGAGCCCUACCGAAUGGCUAAGAAUGAGGAACUUUCUUCUAUUGCAUACCGUCGCCUAAUCGCCGCCGUAGAUUGGAUCGAAAAUCUUGCGCCUUUACUCGGUCACUUGUCUGUCGAAGACAAGGUUUAUUUUAUUUUUAGAAAAAUUUUCAAGAAAACCCAGUUCAGCUGGCUUUGAUAAAAAACGCCUUCGCUCCACUGAUGGUCUUCAAUUUCGCGGCUCGUACGGCAAUCAUCAGCCAGGACAAAGACGUUCUUUGCCUUUGCAACUUUUCCUAUGUUCCUCGGAACAUGUCAAAGCUCUAUCCAGACGCCUAGUGAGUCUGAGCAGAAGUCCUUUUCUGGCUUUGACGGCUGAAACCGACAGAAAUUUAGCCAUCUUGGGAAUGGUCUUGUCAAUCGCGCACUCGACGAACUAGUGGCUCCGUUUCGCGAGUACAAAAUGAAAGAAGAGGAAAUCGUUUGCGUAAACGCUUUGAUUUGCCUCAAUCCUUGUGCGUUUUUUUUAAUUGUUUCGAUAUUUGAUUUGCGUUCAGUAGCCAGAGAUCUCUCUCCAGGAGUUUUUGAGAAAGUUUUGGAACUGCGCAACCGGGUCCAAGAUUGCCUUUAUUCGAUAAUGAAAGAAGUACGCAUGAGUCCCCAUCCGAGUGUCUGCUUUGGACACAUCCUUCUCUCUCUUCCUACUGUCACGGUAAACCUUCAAAACUGAGAAAUUACCGUUAUUUCUGGUGCAGCUUCUUGCCAAUGCCAUGUGCGAGAACCUCCAGUUUUCGCAAACUUUUUCAUCGCAAGGAAGCAUUCCUCUCCUCACGGAUAUGUUCGGGUAAACCUUUUAUUUCCUAUCUUCAUGAGUUUUGACUUUCCUCGUUAUUAUACCUCAAAACGUUUAUUUUUAUGAAACAGGUUCACAACUUCGUUUAAACACUUCACAUUGAAAAAUCGAAUUCGCAAUCUAAUGGAUUCAGGUGCUUUGUCGUGGAGCCUUUUGACUAUGGCACAGCUUCUGGCAUGGAGCAACUAACGUUGGAAGCCUCGACGAACGUCAAACACGUCGGUACUCAAACUGAACGACUUCCGCAGGCUCAGAAACGCCGUGCUGACAUCAGCGCCGUCGAAGAAGAGCCCCCCGUGCGGCAGCAUUUCCGCCUUCUUCACGCGCCUACAAAUUUCACGAUCACUGAAAUUCUUGACGAUCUCAAGGUGCUCCAUCAUCUUUUUUUCUGAAAAAGCUCUUUUGAGCUUGCAGAACGGAAUCGAAUGCUUCGAAACACCUGUCUAUCAAACAAUGGAAACAGCUUCGACGUCCUCCAAUGCGACGCCGCCAUCCUCUUCUGCCAACAACGACAAGCACCACCAUCCAACAUCGUUUCAGCCCAACACUUCACAAAACUUCUGUUUUCCGCAGCAGCAUGCUCAAAGUUAUAGCAUCUCAUCUGGCUACCAUGAUUACUCCCUUCAGCCUGGGUAUCCGUACUAUCAACCACCAUUCCAAGACACUUACCUUGCCGUAAGUCUUUUUUUUUUUGAAUUUUGUAAAAAUAUUCAAAUCUUUUAUAAAAACGCUGAACUCAAAAACAAAACUAUUCUCGUAAUUUCACACGCGCUCCGUAAAAAACUUUGGCUUGUCAGUGCUAUUUAUUUAGUGUGAAAUAUAUUCGUGUAAAAAAGAUAAGAAACUUCGGUGCAAAAAAUUACGCUUUCGCUGGAGAUUGCAAUGCGGUAUUGAAAAAAAAGUUCUAAUACUCAAAACUGGAUAACCGAAAAUUGGAGAGAAAAAAUGAUAAGUCUCAGCCGCUACCGAUGGCGCACGACUCCGUGUACGCCAAUUACCAGCCAUACUACAACGCGGACCCUUACGACGGAUAUCCUUGA